GGUGGGGGGGACGCCGGAGGAGACCAAGAAGUGGAAAGCAACAAGACGAAGAGACGUAAGAAAGAAGGGAAGACGGGAGGGUGACUCUUAUAAAGUAUAAGAAAAACUGGAGGAGGCUUGAAAUGUAGCAAGACAACGGAGAGAAGGACAUUGAGAAGAAUAAAGAGACAACAACGUCUUAAAAAGCAACUGGAGGGGCAGAAGACUUCUGGUGGCUCCAGAAGGUCCAGGAUAAAACAUGGACUACUGGGUGGCGAUGCUAAUAUGCCUUAUGGCAGCAUACACUUGCUGGUCCGGCUGCGUGGAGGUGGAUCCCGAGACAGAGGCCGUCUACGGGCAUGAAUUUAAAAUCCGGUGUAUUUCCUGCAAGAAGCGAGGAGAAACGGUCGCCAAAACCUUUACGGAGUGGUUUUUUAAAGGAGACACAAUGGAGAAAUUUGACCUGAUACUUAUGUACCAGUAUCCGCAGCUGAGCGUCGUAGAUGACCGCUUUACAGGGCGGCUGAAAUGGAAUGGGAGCAGUCACUCCGAAGACUUGCAGGACAUGUCUGUCGUCAUCACCAACGUGACCUACGACCACGCGGGGACCUACAUGUGCCGCGUCAACCGCACGCUUAUCUUUGAUAGCCACGACUACAACACCAACGUCACCAAAUUCAUUGAUGUGACAGUAGUGGACAAAGGGAAUAGAGAUGUCGCCUCUAUCGUGUCAGAGAUCAUGAUGUACGUCCUCAUCGUGGUGCUCACCAUAUGGCUGGUGGUCGAAAUGAUCUACUGCUAUCGGAAGAUUGCCGCAGCCGGGGAGGAGGCGGUUCUGGAGAACGCUUCAGAUUAUUUAGCAAUAACCUCUGAAAGUAAAGACAAUUGCCUAGGAGUGCAGCCACAGGAAUAGCAGGACCCGGGACAGCCACACAGGGAAACCAGCGGAAAGAAGGAAUGGAGCCAGAAGCAAUGUGAACACUGCUGGGAGGAUCGGAAACUGUAACAGGUCACCAAUGAGCCCACCGCCAACCCAAUCGCCGCUGCCGCCACCCUCUCUCCCCCAGGGGUGCGUCAGGAUCUGUUCCAAGUUGCUUUUUUUAUGCAGAAGACUCAACAAGACUCGAUGCGCUUCACGCACAUAUGCAAUGCUCCUUUGCGUCUUCACUGCUACCUCACCGGCAAUGAAGGGGUUAAGGAAAUUUUAAAAAAAUAAAAUAAAAAAUGCUUCCAUGGAAAGUAAGACUUUUGCUUUUCGCGGCGUUGCUGUUGCUUUUUAUUGCUUGCAUUUUGCUUCGGAAGCAUGAAGUGGGGAGAGGAGGCUGCGUUCACAGGAGCCGACCAUCAAAUCCACAUCCGAUAUUCUCGACGAAAAUUUUUAAAAUUUCAAUCUAAGGGGCAUCUUAAAUAUUUCUUGCAUGUCGCUCCAAGCACAUAUCCUUUUCUUCGCUGCUGCUGCAAAAAAAUAAAAAAAGUUGCAUUUACUCAACAGUGCCAGGAAGAAAGGGGGGGGUUGCUCUCAAAGUAUUGUCCGACAACGUGGUCCGGCAGCCGAUGAGUUAAACCCCCGCACAUUCGAAGCUUUAAUUGAACGUCAAUGCUCAGGACGGCAUUAUGGGGGAGAUACUCAUUGGAAAAGCGGAUAGAACUCGCUCAACUCUGCUGUUCCGGCUUCCGCAAUGGAUACCGGGAUGACGUUAUGAAUGUGAACUACUUGCCCGGGUGAAAUCCAAGUGUGAUUCCCCAACUCCUGCUGUGUACUGGGUCUCUGAAGUUUGGGGGUGAAGGGGUUAAAUGACUUUUUAUCAAAGCAUGUUAUUUAUUUUGUAAUACAGAGAAAACACUUAACAAAAAAAGAGAAUAAAAUUAGAUUCUAUUAUGUAUGAUCGAAAGAGGAAGGUUUGACGAGGCUGCUUCUCCCCUGUGAGGCUCGGCAAUCCAGAGGGGGUGGCCUUCUCCGAGAUCCAAUGCAAGCCCCAGGUAGGACGCUGCGGCCAAAUUUCCUGAAAGCACCAGUGGUCACCUAUAGCCCCCUAUUGUGUCCAACAAUAGAGGGGUUUUGUUUCAAAAAUGUCUGCCCCAUCUAUGAGGUUAUAUAUUCACCCACAAAGCAUGUAUUUUUGUAAUUCUUGCACUGGGCUAUAUCAGAAAAUGUAAGUUCCUGCACUAAAUAUGUCUACCACUAGGUCAUGGACAGGUCUCUUUUAAACAGCACACCAUGUGGUCAUGCAGGGUAUUACAAGCUAAACAUAUCAAUAUGGAGGCUAGAUUGGCUCCCACUUGGGACCCUCCCACUCUGUGACCCAUGACGGAGGCAUACUGUCUAGGGGGACUAUGUCAUGUUGACUGCUCAGCUGCCACGACCCUGAAUGAUACCAGCUGAUUACCAAGAGAGUGGUCGCUGAUCCAAACCUGACAUCCCCUUUACUGCUAAUUAUUGGCGUUUCUAGAGGGGGCACCUCGGUGAAUGAUCUGCCGUACACGAUGCCGAACCCAACCUGUUUAGGUUUUAUGGCCAAAGUCACUUCUGUGUCAUCCCCUUAUGGUCCAUGAGGUGUAGUAAAUAUCCCUCCCCAUAAUUAAUGGACAACUCCAGGCAAAAAUUCUGCAUUUAUUUCAAAUCUAUCAUGGCAGGUGUCUAUGAAGCUGAGAUCUUCUCUUGUAUAAGGUCCUUCUACCAAAGAGCUGCUCCACUACUGACUCCAUGACCUUGCAAAGCAACUCUAUGGUUAGUUAUGGGAUGAGAAUUAUGGUGACCACAUAUCUGUGGUGAUCCAGGGAUGAAGCACUCUACAAGAACUCAAUGUGACCCGAUCAUAGGCUAUGGAGUCCUUUCUUUGGUGGCCACAGUGUCAAUGACCGGUGGGCCCAACUGGUGAUCAUUGAUCAUCUCUCACAAUCUAGCAAUCAUUUUUGAUGAUGUCUCUCGUGGUCCAGAGAUUUUAUAGUUAUCCCUGGUGUGCCAGUGGUGUCCCAUGUAACCAAUGUUCAGCUGUAGUUUCGUGCAUACAAUGACAAUGACAAGUGCUUCUUCUCUGGUGACCUCCAUGUACCUUUCAUGUGAACUCCACAGACUCCUGGGCAACUGAAGCAGCUCGUUGGAAGCAAGUUCUCAUCCAUGAGCGCCCGAUCAAUGUAUUCUAGACCCUGUGAUUCAUAGAUCUUGAUUAAGUGCAGUCAACCCUUCCUGGUUUCGGCUGGGGUUGCCCUUUAAAGCCUCAUGGAGAACUUGGCAUGCCGAUACAAACCUCCUCAGUAGCAUAUAAUUUAGUAGGGCUACUGCGUAGCCGCAAAUUAUGUAUGAUGCAUGCUGAAUUUUACUGUACCAACAAGCUGCAGCCUUGCAAAGCAAGCUUCUACUGUCUUAUUGUGCCUGCUUCUUAACCCUUCCUGAACCAGCCAGAUGCUUCAAGCUGGAGAUGAAGGGGUUAAACUUGUCCGUCUGUCAUCACUCGCCGUCACCAUGGUAAUCCCUGCUGUAAAAUGUAUCUUUCUUUUCAUCUUUUUUUUACAUAUUAAAACUUUGCAUAUUUUCUGUUAAUCUGAGGCUGGGAAACGUGCGGACCGCACAGUGUUUUUUUCUUUAUUUUUUUUUUUAUUUUUGCUUUUUUUUAUUUUUUAGAUAAAAUAUUCUAUUUAUUUGACUGAGACAAAUAAAGAGAUCUGACAAUA